AGAUCUUGACAGUUCUGAACUCAAAGAUCGAUUCUUUAAUUCAUUUCGUCACGCUGAAGGAAGGCUCGUUCAUCUUCGAACUCCCGGCGGGCUAAUUUUUUGAACCAGUGAAAAGCCUGCACUGUAUCGACCCAACUGUUCAGGGUAUAAAUUGCGUUGCAUUUUUUGGACUUUCAUUGUGACCAAGGGUUUGGAACGCAGACUGUCAAACUGCUCCUUGGUGAAGAUCAUCCUUAUCCAUCUUCUCAGGACUGCCGCUGUUUAUCGGCAGCUAUUCUCAGCCAGUCGGGGAAUGAUCGAGAGAUCUCGGUGAUUUCCGGGAUCGGACGGAAAAGCACGAGUUGGACCGGGACUAGCUGGAGGACACACUCUGAGGCAAGAGAGGAGGGCACAGAGACAGUUCCAGCUGCCGUCCCUUGAACUCGCUCUACUUGCCCUCCACGGCUGCAGCCCCACACAGCCGGAGCCGUAGUGACUACCACCCUCCCCGUUUCCGAGAUGAAAAGUCACCGCCUGCUCGCACUGACUGCAGUCCUCCUGAUUUUGGCAGAAGCCUUUUGCGAAGAGAUCUCUCCAAGUGAAGACACAUCGCUUUGGCUUGCCAGCAAUCAAAGUCAGGAAAGGGAACUUAAAGGGAACUCUGUUCGGGAUCUCCUGCGCCGAAUGGUCAGGAAACCGCGACCUGAGAAGUUCUACGCCUUAAUGGGGAGGCGAUCACUAGGAAACAAGCCAAUGAGUCAAAAACAACCUCAGUUAGAUGACGGGUUUGUUGCACUCAUGGGAAAACGCUCAUCAGCUGUUGGUUCCCCUUCUGAGUACAAAGUGGUACAAGAUUUUGUCCAAGAGCAUUAAUAAAUCAUGAAGAUCGAAAUAAAUUGGUCAGCAAUUAUUUUAAUUUGCUAGCAGGUGUCAAUAAUAUUGUAUCCUUCACUAAUGUGAA